AUGGCGGAUCUAUCUCAGCAUACGAACUAUACUGGAGCCUACUCUGGCCUCUUGGAUAACCUGUGGGUCACGCUGGCCAUCGCUGGAAUAUGCCUGGUGGGCCACGAGAUAGAAGUGCACAUACCUCGAAGGCAUGGAAAACAGGGCACGUUUAGGCGGAUACCUGUGAGGGUGGUGCAUGCGGCCGGAGGAGCAUGGAGAAAUUGGAGGUCAAAACGACGGAAAGACAGAGAUCAAGUCGAGCAAGGUACUGUGGUGGAAGAGAAGGAGCAAAAGAAGACGCCCAGGGAGAAAUUGGGAUCCAGAGAAAGUUGGGAAUUCGGAUAUAUCUUUCAACCAAAAGCAUGGAGACUCAACCCUGCGCCACCAGCACCUCGUUGGCCAUUGGCAUGGAUCGUGUCCUCGCUUCGCAUCAAGGAGCGAGAUAUGCCAGAGACGUGUGGCAUAGAUGUGACGUUACAUAUGCGCUUCAUUCGUGGCUCCUUCUUCUACGUCCUCCUCCAAGCCUGUACUGUGCUACCAAUCCUCCUUCCCGUUCACGUCCAUUAUGCACCCAGCGAUCUCAAGAAGUCCUCCAUGCUUCGAGCGGGCAUAUCAUCACUAGUGAAAGACUCUGGGACACGCUGGCUCUGGAUCCAUGCGUUUCUCAUCUGGUGGGUCACCAUCACCUGGACCUUGACCCUCUUGUGGAUCACUUGGGGAGGACUCGCCUACCGUCGGAGGGAGAAUAGAAGGCUAGAGAGGUCUCUGAAACAUAGCCGAGAGGCUCUUAGUGCGCCGGUCAUGGUUACUGCACCGACAAAGGAGGGGAACGAGACAGCCAGACCAGCUGUGCCGCGAGGCGCAGAUGAACCAGAAGGCGCCAAACGGUUUCGAACUUUGAUUGUUGAAAAUAUCCCGCCUGACAUGCGGAAUGAGGAUGUUCUGAGGGACUAUUUCGAUCAUUAUCUAGAGCGUCAUCGUCUCAGAUCGGGUGAAAUCACCCAUACCGCAACCUGGGUCAAGAAGCAGGUCGAGGAGAAACAAGGUCAAAUCAUGCGCCACGUCCACUUUCGACCAUCGGAAAUGUUUAAAGCCAAGCCAUCGCCUGUACCUCCGAUCGCGAUUGCGAUCGGAGACUCUCAACCGAUGACAAGGGGAGACACUGAGCAGACUUUCGACGUGGUGGAUCAUGAUUCAGCCGACGGGAUGAUGGAAAGCGAGGUCGAUGAGAUUAUACUUGUCAGGAAGCUUGGCGCGGUGCAGAGUUUACGUGCGAGAAGGAAUGCUGUUCUCAGGCAGCUUGAAGUGGCGCAUGUCAAACUUGCGAAACGUGUCCUGAAAGCGGUGGCUGCUCAUCAAAAGAAGCACAGUCGUCCAGAGAACAUGUACACCCAGCUUCGUCCGGUGCACGACAUGGACGCAGGCUUAGACGCUCUCAACGGCCCUCGAGACGAGCACCUGCCGACGGGAUUGUCCAGAGAAGAGCGUCUGGACAGAUUGACAGCAGCUCUGGGUGGUUUUGUCGCAGAUUCACCAGAGCAGUUGGGCGAGAGCUCCGAGACUGUCUGGGAUAUCCUGCACGCACUGCCUCGUGCUUUAUUGGAUCCUUAUCAAGCCUUGACCCACUUGAAAGUCACCUCGUUCUUCCGUGAUCAAAACGCGCCUUUAAUCGAUUACCUCACCACAAAGCUCAAUUACUUAUCCCACCGACUGGACGCAGCCCGUGACAAACCCCUGUCUUCUUACAACCCUUCGUCGACCGCUUUCGUUACAUUUAGAGACGCUAGGACGGCCAGACUAGCACACAAGCUGCUCGAGUCCCAUCCUACCCGGACACUAGCGUGUCGGACAUCACCUGCCCCAGACUGGACGAAUCUACUUUGGCCAAGGCUCUCGAUGAGUAUCUAUCGCUCAGAGUUUGUCAGGAAGUGGGUCGUCCAGGUCGGCGUAUGGGUCUUCACCUUGCUCUGGAUCUUCCCCGUGUCCUUGCUCUGCGCUCUGUCCUCAUUCAACAACAUCGCAGGCUUCUUCAAACCUUUGAGAGCCUUCUUGUCCGCCCAUCCUAAAGCCGCUGGCGCCAUCAGCUCCUUGGCUCCUGUCAUUCUUGUUGCUGGUCUGACAUUGGCGAUCUGUCCUAUCUUGCUUGUGAUUGCCAACAAGGCCGAGACAAUCAACACUAGAUUGGCGAUUCACAAUUCGGUAAUGGAGCGGUUCUGGAAAUUCCUCAUGGUCAAUGGAGUUGUUUUCUUUGCGAUCGGACAAUCAGCUAUCGAAGCGUAUCUGACUGCAUUCCAGAACCGUGAUUUUGACCCUUUACCGGUGGUCGCGUCUGCUUUCCCUACCGCAGCACCGUACUUUGCGUCGUAUAUCCUCCUACAGGUUGCCAUUCAACCAGGUUUUGAAAUUUUCCGAUUUGGUCUGCCGACCAUCGUCUACGUCUUUGGCACCCGUGUGUCCAUUAUUCCUCGCCAACGUAACGGGAGAACCGAGUACCCCACAUUCAGUCACUUUUCGCAGGUGCCUCUUCAGUUGCUUCAAGGUGCCAUCAUGCACCUGUUCAUGCUGCUCAACCCGCUAGUCAUUCCCUUCGCGCUUGUGUACUAUGGCAUGGUUUAUGUCGUAUGGAAACGGCAAUUCACGUACGUGUAUGGCAGGCUAUACGAGAACAAUGGGCGGCGUACGAGUAUACGGGUUCUCCGAUACGGCCUAGACGCCCUUGCCUAUAAGGCCAAAGGCAACGCAAUCGCCACAGGUGUCUUGUUCUUCUUGACCCUAGGCGAGAAACUCAUGUGA